AUGAAAUAUUCGUCUAUCAUUCUCGCCGUGGCAGAGCUCAUGACCCUAGCACGAGCCGCGGCAGCCACAUCUGCCAGGUCCGCAGCUGCCAAGCAAUGCGUCCAGCUCCAGGUGCCUGUCCCGGUCAUCGCCAAUAACUCUCACUACGAGAUGCCGCGCGUCGACAGUAGCAUCGACGCCAUCGGCUGGGAGCUCAACGUCACGGCGUGGUCCGCGCCCAGCUUCCUGGACCGCAACACCGGGCCAGUGUCUGUGGACCAGACCUUCAACAUCAGCGCGCAGCUCUGUGUGCCCUCGGCGGAGGGAGGGCCUAAGGCGGGUUUCCUGCAGAUAGCGACGCAGGGUCUGGGGUGGGACAAGAGAUACUGGGACGUUGACGUCAACCCACGAGAGAACUCUUACCUCGACGCUGCAAUCACCCAAGGCUAUUCCCUCCUAACCUACGACCGCCUAGGAGCAGGCCAGUCCGACGUCCCAGACGACGCCUACGACGUUGUGCAGAUCCCGACAGAAGUCGAGAUCCUCACCGUGCUGACCCAGCUGGCGCGCAGCGGCCAGCUACUCAGCUCAUCCACCAUCGUCGCCACCAACGCCGCCACCAACACCACCGCCGACAGUUUCACCGCGGCGAACCCACCGUCCAAGAUCAUCCACAUAGGCCACUCCCUGGGCUCCUCCAUAACCAGCGGCCUCCUCGCCCGCCACGGCGACCUCUCCGACGGCUCCGUGCUGACUGGGUACUACCUCAACUCCCAUCUGGGCCUCGUCAACGUGUCCUUCUUUGACCACGGCUUCGCGGCCGAGAGCGCGCCCGCGAGGUUCUCGCACUAUCCUUCGGGAUACCUCUUGUCCACUGGGCCGGAGAAUAUGCAAAAGUUGUUCCUAAGGGCGGGCGCAUUCGCGCCUGAGAUGCUGGAUUAUGUGGACGAGGUUAAGCAGCCUGAGGCAGUGGGGACGUAUGCUUCCGAGAGCGUUGUUUUCGGGCCUGCUAUGGACUUUAAGGGGCCGCUUCAGUUCAUCACCGGCGAGUACGACUUCCCGACCUGCGGCGGCGACUGCAACGGCGUCGGGAGCCCAGAGCUCAUCGAGGUACUCUUCCCGGGCGCGGUCAACCCGUCCUUUUACCUUCAGCCCAAUACUGGCCACGCGCUCACGCUGCACUACAACGCGUCUGCCGGCUUCCAUGUCAUCUUUGACUACUUGACUGCGAAUGGGCUAUGA